AUGGCUAAUCAAGAAGCACAAACAAAAGUGCAAGGUGUCAUUGCUUCCAGACAAAAUGUAAUUAGAAAACUAAAGGAAUUACGAGACGAAAUUCAGAAAGAAGAUAAGCGUCUUCACAUCGGAAAGAUAGUAUAUUCUUCUACUAGUAUUAUUUCAGGAGGACUAUCAAACGCUGGGCUAGUACUUAUUCCUUUUACCUCAGGUGUAUCACUUGUAUUGACGAUUGUAGGAGCAGCAACUGAUGCAGCAUCAGGUAUAGCUGAUAUAGGUCAUAGCACAGCAGCGUAUAUUAAAAUAAAGAAAAAAAGUGGGGAGGCCGAGAGAGUUUUGAAAAGGCACAGAUCUUUCAUUGAUGAACUUGAGGAUAUGGUAAAAAAGGAGAAAUUUGGAUUAAGCACAGGUGUGACUAGCGUCUCGGUAGUGAAAAAUAUCACUAAUCUAUCUUUGAAGUCAGUAACGAUUCAUGCCAUAAGAACCUCUAAGGCUGUUGAUGCAGUAGAAACUGUCGCAACUAGUAUUGCGUCGACUUCCUCAAAAUCUUUAAGCAUUGCAGGCGGUGUCCUUGCUGUAAUAUUUAUCGUCAAAGACAUUAAAACUAUUUUCGAUAGCAGCAGAAAAUUAGCUUAUCAUGUUCUUCAUGAAAAGGUGGCAGCUCUUAACAGUGUUAUUGCUCGAAUGGAAUUUGAACUUAGAGAAUUGAUGACUAUUAAUAUAUAA